GGAAAGGACGCGCAGAGUUCCCUAUAAUCGGGGGAAGCCGAUUGGGGGGGAUUUUAACGGCUGAUUGCUCCGAACCGCCCGUUUAUCACCUCCUCCUACUUUGGAGGCUCCCAAAAGCAAGUACUACUCCUAAAACUGUCUCAUAGCUCCUUGCCAACACCCAGCCUCUGAAGACCAGGCAUUUCUGUAUUGCCUUUGCUGGCCAUUCCAACCUCUGGUCUGGAAGUUCCCAGAGUAUGAUUCCUGAAGCAGUGGAGAGCAGAAAAUGAGGCAUAUGGUUCCAGAGAGGAGGUGUUGGCUGCCAGCACAGACUUCCCCAGCAGCAACAGGACAGCCCCUAAGGCUGCACCUGGACCCCCAGGUGGGGACCAGGCUUCAGGUACGAGACCUGGAUGGAAAAUUUAACUCAGAUUAAAAAAAAAAAAACAAACAACCCCAAAUCAUUUAUACACCAAAAAUAUUUGCUAGCCCAUACUGAAGUUCUGGACAAAGAUUUAUUUUUGUUAUUUCACUCCUCACUGUACCCCUGAGCUGUUUCCAAGCCAGCUGUUGGGACCAGGAUUAACUUUGCCAUCUCCCAUUACAAAAUAAGGUAUUUUUGGACUGCAGAGUCACUAUCUUUACCUCAUUGCAGUCACCUCUCACACAACAAUCUGGAUUUAUCCUGCACCUCCUGUCCACCCCCAACGAGUUAUGGCAUCCAGUGAGAUCAUACCACAGAUACCUAAAAUACCCUUGCUGUCCUCCUUUGUUCUGCUAUGAUUCUUUGACAGAUGGAAAGAGAAUUCUCAUCCCUACAGGGGCAGUGCAACAUAUGCAACGGGCAGAACAACUACUUCUGUUUCUGUUCCUCUUGGUUGCUUUUCUUUGCUACUCCAUGAAGAUUUCCAAGAUGACAGCAGUGAGAAACUACUAGCAUGAGAAUUCCAUCAUGAUCAGAAGGACAUUCUAGGUAACUCAAGUGCAUUUGUGACCGAGCAAGAAGGGUUCAAUUUUCUCUAUUACCCAAAGGAGAGAGAAGUGAAAAUUCAAAUUGCACUUUUUCCCAAGGCUUGGUGUGCUCUCUCUGUUCCACAGAGUCGGAGCAAUCCUGCCAACUGAUUUCCAACACAUUCCUCAUAAGGGCAGACCCUGGCACAGCCAUUCCCCUGAUCCUGCACUCCAAAUGAAUCCCUAGCAAAGCACACAGACACUGAGGCAGCACGAAUCCACAGCCAGGCUUCUCCACGUGGAAUUAACUCAGCACGGCAUGGGCUUAAGCCAAGGAUUUCAGCUCAGGGAGCGACUUCAGCAUCCGAAUUAAAACCUUCUCAGCAGUGUGUGUUACCAUUUGGCCACUGGCCCGCCUUGGGAACAUCUGCAGCAGUAGCUUCCAAGGGGCAGAGCGCUGCUCCCACCACAUCUGGAGCAGCACAGCUGGCCUGCAGCCAAACCCUUCCGCUCCCAGGGGUCACUCCAGUGCUCCAACUGCAGCCACCAGCCAAGUGUGGGAGUACAAAGAGCAGCAAAGCAACCGGACUUGUUCUUUUCACACCACCAGAUUAGGGCUGGGAAACCCUCACGGCUUUGGGACAAAUUGCACCAGAAGUUUUCCUUUUUUGGGGGAAGAAACCCUGUAGCUCAACUUGGCUGUUUUAGUUUACAGCCUGAUUGAAGCUCUGAUGUUCACACCGGAUGCAAGGAGGGACCUGCUCACCACUCAGUUGCAGUGGGAACCUCACACCCAACAGCCACAACAGCCUCUGGAAAACAAAUCCCAAAUCCAUAGCCAGCCGUAGGCAUAAGGCAUUUUUAAAAGACCCCCAGUGAGUGCUUUGUAAUUAGAAAUUGCAGGAAAUGACUCAGACAUUCUCUGAAUUUUAAUUUUCCCUCAGUUUCUAAUUUAGCUGGAAGAAAUCAAUUAGUCCCCAAGUUGGGAGUAUCUACCAUCUUUGAAACUUGGAUAUUCACAGAGAGCAAACAGCUCUUCAUGUAGCAGGUCCCAGCUGAAGGAUGCAAAUGGGAAACUGCAUGGAGCACCAUUUAUUUACACUGUCUUGGAAACACGAAAGGUUGAGCUGACCCUCCUAUGAUUCAAAUCUGAGUUUACAGCGUCAUUCAUCAUCUCAGAAUGGGUUUGUUCCAGUCUCCUUGAACAAAACUAUUUUCUCCUCACAUUUGCUGCACUGAAUUGGCUGAAUUUCAAUUCCAAGGUGUAUUGUACAAAGAACAGUUUUGGAGUGAAAGGUGUCAAGCUGGCAAAAAUUGAAAAUUAGAUUGGAAUAAAAUCUAAUUCUUUUAAUAUAGAAAGUGUUUAGUUUUCCCUCUGUAAUAUAAUUUAAAAGUCACAUAGCAAUCAUGUUUCUUGGCCAUGGAGGCAGGUUUUCAUCUCUAGCUGGAGGAGAUAAAGGAUUUUAAUAAGGAAUUAUGCAACAAAUAGGUGGAACUUCUGUCACGUAGAGUAGGAAAAUACUUUGCAACUCUGAGCACCGAAUAUUUGCUGCUAUCAGGGACAUCAUUUGUAACCCACUUGCUGGGUGACCUCUGCUUGAUUUCGGUCACACACUAAAACCCACCUUUUGCUGUACCAGGUGAUCUUAUCAAUGACCUAACAAAGAGUAGGAACCAAAAAGUCUUCCAGCACUGUGGUUUUGUUGAGCCUCCUUUAGCAUCUGGAGACGGUGAGGGCCAACUGGGGGCUCAAGCUUCCUGCCGUCAGCAAAAUGACCCUCUCAACUUUUCCUUUCUCCCAGGCUUUCUCUCGCAGGCUCCAGGUGUAAAAUCAGAAGCUGGCAGUGGCACUUCCCUCCCGCAUUUUGGGCGGGCAGGAGGGGGGGUGGUCCAACCGCACAAUGACAGAUUAUGCAAAUCCUGGCGGAGCAUCUAAUCAAUCACGGCGGCGGCAGAGGGAUGCGGCUCAUCUCCCAAUUAGCCUCCACCGCCGCGUCCUCGCGUGAAGCAGCAUCCCCCCUUCGGCUGGAAUGACAUCAGAGCGGCUCCGAGCCCUUGAAAGUCUGCGGGUUGAUUAGCGGGAGGAAUCGGCCGCUUCUGCCAAUCACAGCCCUGCGAAGCCGCCCCGAUACUCCCGGAGCUCCGAGGGAGAGGAGGCUGACUCCGGCGAACAGGAGCCGGGCGGCAGCGCCGACGGGAGCGGCUGCGCUCGGGGGGAUCGAACAGUUCUCGCUGCCUUCCCGCUGGAGCCCGCUCGCUCCCCGGAGCGAUCCCCGUGUCCAGGGAGGGAGCUGCCUUCUCAACGGUGUGCUGAAGAGAGGUUCGAAUCGUUCCAGCUCGCUUUGAAAGGGACGGUCUGUGUGUAAAUGAGAUGUGACCGUGCCGGCAGAGUUCAGUCACUGGGGCUGGAGCAAGAGGAGCCUUCCUGGGAUGCCGCUCAGGCAGCUGCUGUCAGCUGAAAACUCUCCCUAGUUUACCUGGAGCCGUGUGAAGAGGUUUGAAUAGCAGAUGUCUCUCUCCUGCACGCUAGCAAGAGAAAUUCUUCUCUAGAUAAUGUUGAGAGUUCUCUUCAUCGAUUAUUGGCAGCUGCCGCAUUCUGAGGAAACCUCUUUCAAUUUAGCUUUCCGGAUCCUUUGACUUCCCGCUCCGACAGCUUUACAGCCUCCCUGACAGCUUCAUAAAUGCUCUGCAAUGGUCACAUGAACGUCUCGGGAGGGGAAUCGGCACCUCUGCAGCUCCUCAUUCCCAUGGCGCUUUAGGAAGAGCGAGAACCGGAAGAGCGGCAGGUCCGACCGCAGCUGGAAGCCCCGCGAAAGAUGAAUCUGAUCGUGAAGCUCCGCAGAAGUUUCCGAACACUGGUCAUCCUCCUGGCAGCCUUCUGCUUGGCCAGCAUCCUCAUCUCUGCCUACUUCCUCUACACUGGAUACAAGCAGGAAAUGACCCUCGUGGAAACCACCAGAGAAGCAGAGUGUGAACCCCUCCAACUUCUACCCUACAGGUCUGCAGAGAUGAGAACAGCCAAGCCCAUUGACCCGUCCAAAACCGAUCCCACUGUCCUGCUGUUUGUGGAGAGCCAGUACUCCCAGCUGGGGCAGGACAUCAUAGCCAUCCUUGAGUCCAGCAGAUUCCGGUACCACAUGGUCAUAGCGCCAGCCAAGGGGGAUAUUCCCCCUCUCACAGACAACGGAAGAGGGAAAUACACGAUUGUUAUAUACGAGAAUAUUUUAAAGUACGUAUCCAUGGACUCCUGGAAUAGAGAGCUCCUGGAAAAAUACUGUGUGGAAUACAGUGUUAGCAUAAUUGGUUUUCAUAAAGCCAACGAGAACAGCUCCCCGAGCACCAAACUGAAGGGGCUGCCCUUACACCUCUACAACAACGUGGCCCUCAAGGACUGCGUGGUGAACCCCCAGUCGCCCCUGCUGCGCAUCACCAAGGCACCGAGGGCUGAGAAAGGGCCCCUGCCUGGGGAGGACUGGACGGUGUUCCAGUUCAACCAUUCCACCUACCAACCGGUGCUUUUAACGGAGCUGCAGCCCUCCAGAGCCACCCCCCCGGCGCUGCCCAGGGCUGCCCUGUACCCCACCGUCAUCCAGGACCUGGGGCUCCAUGACGGGAUCCAGAGAGUCCUCUUUGGGAACAACCUGACCUUCUGGUUGCACAAACUGAUCUUUAUCGAUGCCAUCUCCUUCCUGUCGGGAAAGAAGCUCACGCUGUCCCUGGAUAGGUACAUUCUGGUUGACAUAGACGACAUCUUCGUCGGCAAGGAGGGAACGAGGAUGAACGUCAACGACGUGAAGGCUUUACUAGAGACUCAAAAUUUACUGCGCACUCAGGUUGCAAAUUUUACCUUCAACCUUGGAUUUUCAGGAAAAUUUUACCACACAGGGACUGAGGAGGAGGAUGAAGGUGAUGACCUGCUGUUGAGAUCAGUGGAUGAGUUCUGGUGGUUUCCCCACAUGUGGAGUCACAUGCAGCCCCACCUCUUCCACAACGAGUCCUCGCUGGUGGAGCAGAUGAUCCUCAACAAAGAAUUUGCAAUAGAGCACGGCAUCCCAACGGGCAUGGGCUACGCGGUGGCUCCGCACCACUCCGGGGUCUAUCCCGUGCACAUCCAGCUGUACGAGGCCUGGAAGAAGGUCUGGCACAUCCGAGUGACCAGCACGGAAGAGUAUCCACACCUGAAGCCUGCACGGUACAGACGGGGCUUCAUCCACAGUGGCAUCAUGGUGCUCCCUCGACAGACCUGUGGCCUUUUCACUCACACCAUUUUUUACAAGGAAUAUCCUGGGGGUCCUCAGGAGCUGGACAAAAGUAUCCGAGGAGGUGAACUGUUCCUCACCAUUCUCCUGAAUCCCAUCAGCAUCUUCAUGACCCACCUGUCCAACUACGGCAACGACCGCCUGGGCCUCUACACCUUUGCCAACCUGGCCAGCUUCGUCAAGAGCUCCACCAACCUCAACCUGCAGACGCUGCCCCCGCUCCAGCUGGCCCACAAGUACUUCCAGCUCUUCCCGGAGCAGACAGACCCUCUCUGGCAGAACCCGUGUGACGACAAACGGCACAGGGACAUUUGGUCCAGAGACAAAACCUGCGACCACCUGCCCAAAUUCCUGGUGAUAGGACCCCAGAAAACAGGAACAACAGCCCUUUAUUUAUUCCUUCUGAUGCAUCCUUCCAUUAUCAGUAACCUCCCCAGCCCAAAAACUUUUGAGGAAGUUCAGUUCUUCAAUGGCAACAACUACCACAAGGGAAUUGACUGGUACAUGGGUUUCUUCCCCACUCCUUCCAACGUGACCACCGACCUCCUCUUCGAGAAAAGUGCCAACUAUUUCCACUCGGAGGAAGCUCCCAAGAGAGCUGCUUCCCUCAUCCCCAAGGCCAAGAUCAUCACCAUCCUCAUCGACCCGUCCGACCGGGCGUAUUCCUGGUACCAGCACCAGCGCUCCCACGAGGACCCCGCCGCCCUGAAAUUCAACUUUUACGAAGUGAUCACGUCCGGCCCCCGGGCACCGUCGGAGAUCAGGGCCCUCCAGAAGAGGUGCCUGACCCCGGGAUGGUACGCUGUGCACAUCGAGAGGUGGCUGUCCCACUACCCGGCCUCCCAGUUGCUCAUUAUUGAUGGACAGCAGCUGAGGAGUGACCCAGCCACUGUGAUGGAUGAAGUGCAGAAGUUCCUUGGAGUCUCUCCUCAUUACAAUUACUCCGAAGCCCUAACGUUUGACCCUCAGAAAGGCUUCUGGUGCCAGUUACUGGAAGGAGGGAAAACAAAGUGCCUGGGAAAAAGCAAAGGUCGGAAAUACCCACCAAUGGACCAAGAGUCUCGAGCGUUUCUGUCGAGCUACUACAGAGACCACAACGUGGAGCUGUCCAAGCUGCUGCACAGGCUGGGGCAGCCCCUGCCCUCCUGGCUGCGACAGGAGCUGCAGAAGGUCAGGUAGCACCCAGGGGCACCCCGAGAGCAGGACCAUUCCCUUCACCGCCAAACCCCCGCUUCUCCGACUCACUCGUGAUCGUCAGCGCCGGACCUCAUGGACAACGCUCUUCCCAGCAGAAAUAAAACAACAAUUCACCGAAGAAUGAUUGAAAAAAAAAUAAAAAUAACCCCCCCAGACCCGACAACCGUUCAUAUGCACGUGCUGACAGCUCGCAGCAUCGACCCCUUCCGUCAGCUUCCAGGAAAUAACCCGGAGCUCCGUGGCAUUACCCCUUCUCCAGGCCGGGAUUCGGGCACAGCCCAGUUCCUCUCUCCACCAGGAAGUACCAGAAACUGUGUGUAGGACAAAUUGCAGUCUGUCAGGACACGAGCAAAGGAUGGGAACAUCUCUCUCUGGACCCUGAGUUCAUCCUUUUAGCGUGACUGCAAAGGUGUGGACCUGCCUAUGGAUUCGACUCCUCCAUCCCUCUCCUUUCCAGAAAAGCUACCAAAAAAAUAAGGAUUUGCAAGCAACACAGAUUCUGAAGUGUUCAGUGCUCCAGUGACUGGAUAACUUUUAUAAGACUUAUGAUCAUUUCUGUAGUAUGUCAAAACAAGAGACAUCCUGUUGAUAGAGCUGAAGGAAACACUUCACUGUCUUGCCCAAGCUCUUUUUUUUAAAAAUUUUUCUUGCCCCUCCUACGUGACAACAGCAAGUCCAGCUGAACGAGUACUUGGUGUUGAAGCAAAGGGAAUCAAAAUAAAUUUUGAUUCCUCAAAGUAUUUUUGUUGGGGGGGUGGUGGUGGUGGGGGGGGAGGUCAAAGGCUGUAUUUGUUGGAAUGGUUUUGAAUAAUUGACGUGCACACACCUGAUUGCCGGUUCUUCUCACUGCCGCAGAAUAAACACUUCUGAGGGUGUA